CUCACUAAAAUCACUUUAUCAGUAAUGACCUCAAUAUUCACUAACCUUGCUAAUAAGUUAGCCUAGAUUCGAAUACUAAUACGAAAAUUAUUCAUAAAACACAAAUUUAUCACUAAAUAUGAAGUGCGCGGCGCUGAUUUUGCUACUGCUAGGAGUACAAGAUGUAUUUUCCGAAAUAUCGAUUCAGAAAAUGACGCUGGAUCCCCGAACCGAGUACUGCAUUAAAGAAAAGGAUAACAUAGGCAAUCUUUCUCUAAAAUACGCUCCUCUACAAAUAAUAACCGGGCUCAGUCAAUAUCGUCUUAGCGUUAUAGGAAGUUACGAGUUAAUGCCAUCGAUAAACCCCUUUUUCAAUGAGUUUCUGAAAUGUGCCUGGAUUGAGUACAACUACCUCAAGAAGUCGGGCGACGUGCUGUUUGAAAAUAUAGAAAAGUCUUUGAGGUUAGCAUUAAUAAAGGAAGUCGGUGAGACGGGACCCGGUAUCAAUUUGAGCAAAUUACAAGCUAAGAAAAUUAUAAGUCAAUGUACUGGAAUUUCGGGAAUUACAGUCGGUAUUAAGGUGGUUCAGAUUCAGAAUUGCAUACACAAACAAAUUCAGUACCUUAACCAACUAUAGCUGUACACCUAGAAGUAUUUCCGAUUAGUGAAGUAAAAUUGAAUUGUUACUGAUUAGGUUAAAGUAUAAUUAGUUAGAAAAGUUUUGUAAAUUACGCUUUAUGCAAUAAAAGGUUAGCUGAUU